UUAAAUUCCCCACCAGGAAAUAUGUGGCUGUAUGAGUAUGCUUAAUUCAUGCUCAUUCAGAGUGAGCCAGGGCUGCUGUCACCCCCUCCCUCUUGCCUCUCCGUUCAUAUUAACCCAGGUUGCCUCCAGCCGGUUUUUGCCCACUUGUCUCACUGGCCCUGAGCACGUAAAGCUGCAGCGAGUCUCUGAAAAUGGGGACUUUCUUCUCUGAGAUGGCGUGGCUCUGCCUGGCUGUCACCGCAGUGCUCGGAGGAACAAUUCUUUGGAGACUCAAUAAGAGCCAAGGGCAGGUGGGAAAAAAGGUGGUCUGCCUGGCAGGGCUCUGGGGAGGGGCGUGCCUGCUCAGCCUACCCCUCUUCUGGGGCUUGUUCCUCUUCUCCCUUUCAUGCUUCAUCAUGUAUACUUACUUUUCUGGCCAAGAGUUUUUACCUGUGGAUCAAAAGGCGAUACUGAUCACAGGUAGUGAUUCUGGAUUUGGCCAUGCUUUGUCCAAGUAUCUGGAUAAGCUGGGAUUCACAGUAUUUGCUGGGGUUCUGAAUGAAGGAGGACCAGGAGCAGAGGAAUUACGAAGAACUUGUUCCAUGCGCCUCUCUGUGCUCCAGCUGGACAUAACCAAACCGCAGCAGAUAAAAGAUGCCCACAGCAAAGUCAUGGAAAAAGUGCAGAACAGAGGACUGUGGGCUGUGGUCAACAAUGCCGGGAUCUUUAGCUAUCCAGCUGACGGGGAGCUCACUCCCAUGACUGAGUACAAGCGAUGCAUGGCUGUGAACUUCUUCGGGACCGUGGAAGUCACAAAGGCAUUUUUGCCUCUUCUUAGGAAAUCCAAGGGGAGGCUGGUGAACAUCAGUAGCUUGGCAGGAGCGAUCCCAAUGGAGAGGCUGGCAGCCUAUAGCUCAUCUAAGGCGGCUCUGACCAUGUUUUCAGCAGUCUUGAGACAAGAGCUAUCCAACUGGGGAGUUAAAGUCUCUGUUAUCCAGCCUGGAGGCUUCCAAACGAAUAUCACAGGUACAAGUGACAUGUGGGACAAGCUGGAGAAGAGCAUCCUGGACCACCUCCCCCCUGACGUGCAAGAGGACUAUGGCCAGGACUACAUCCAUAGGCAACGCGGUUAUUUAAGAUUGAUCAACAACUUCUCUGAUCCAAACAUCUCCCCUGUACUUCUGGACAUCCAUCAUGCCAUCUCUGCUAAGAGCCCCUGUGCAUUUUAUGCACCAGGGAAAAUGACUUAUCCAUGGAUCUAUUUUGUUUCCUUUAGCCCUACUGGCAUAUUUGAUUAUUUUGCCAAAAAAAAGCAUGGCCAUGGAAAGAUCAUGCCCAGAGCUUUAAGCAAGCCUAAUGUGAAGAAUGAGGCCAUAUAGGCAAAUAAGUGGGAAAUGUUGUAGUCUUGGAAUGAAAGGGAUUCUGAGCUUCCCAUUAAAAUUGUGGUUUCCUA